AUGCUGCACACCUCUGAUUGGCCAUCCCCAGCAGAGGUCAGAAGCGCCAUGGGGAACCACACCACACUCACCGAGUUUGUCUUGCUGGGGCUCUCAGAUGCCUGUGAGCUGCAGAUGCUCAUCUUCCUGGCGCUCCUCCUGACCUACCUCCUCACUCUAUUGGGGAAUCUCCUCAUCGUGAUCAUCACCCUCAUGGACAGGCGCCUGCACACCCCCAUGUACUACUUCCUCCGCAACUUUGCUGUCCUGGAGAUCUGGUUCACCUCAGUCAUCUUCCCCAAGAUGCUGACCAAUAUCCUAACUGGACACAAGACCAUCUCUUUAGCAGGUUGCUUUCUCCAGUUGUUCUUCUAUUUCUUCCUGGGCACCACUGAGUUCCUCCUCCUGGCGGUGAUGUCCUUUGACAGAUAUGUGGCCAUAUGCAACCCCUUGCGUUAUGCCACCAUCAUGAACAAAAGGGUCUGUGUCCAGCUGGUUCUUUCUUCGUGGUUGGCAGGAUUCCUUCUCAUCAUUGUUCCAAGUUUCAUCCUAUUUCAGCAGCCAUUCUGUGGCCCCAAUAUCAUUAAUCACUUCUUCUGUGACAACUUUCCACUCCUGGAACUCAUAUGUGCAGACACAAGUCUGAUAGAGCUUCUGAGUUUUAUUGAGGCCAUUUUCACCUUACUAGGCACUCUAUCUGUGACAGCCACCUGCUAUGGACAUAUCCUCCACACCAUCCUGUGCAUCCCCUCAGCCAAGGAGAGGCAGAAAGCCUUCUCCACCUGCUCCUCUCACAUCACUGUUGUGUCUCUCUUCUAUGGAAGCUGCAUCUUCAUGUAUAUCCGGUCGGACAAGGGUGACCAGGGGGAAGAUAGAAACAAGGUGGUGGCUUUGCUCAACACCGUGGUGACCCCGAUGCUCAACCCCUUCAUUUACACCCUGAGGAACAAACAGGUGAAGCAAGUGUUUAGGGAGCAGGUGAACAAGCUCUUCUUAUAA